CUAUAGAGAGCCUAAUUGCUCUUGACUUGCGCAAUAGUAGGUUGAACAAGUUUGGAAGGGGACCAAGUUGCUGGGAUUAUUGAAAUUCCUCAAUCUCAGUCAUUCCUAUGGCCUCACCAAUACCCCUAACUUCAACGGACUCCCUAAUCUUGAGAAUUUGAUCCUUAAGGAUUGUAUAAACUUGGUAGAGGUUCAUGAAUCAAUAGGGAAAUUAGGGAGGCUUGUUUUCUUGAAUCUAAAAGGUUGCAAAAAUCUUGAGAAGCUUCCGAGCAAAAUUGGUCAUCUUACAUCCCUUGAAAAACUCAUUCUCUCUGGUUGCUCAAAGCUUGAUCAGUUGCCUGAGUUGGGAAAGAUGAAAUAUUUAACAGUGCUCCACGCAGAUGGAACUGCCAUAAAUAGAAUAGCGACUACCACUAGUGAGGAUAAAUCAUGGAGUUCGCUCUUCUGGUCUUGGGUAUUGAAACCAAGAAAAAGUACAGAAUCCAUCUAUUUUCCAUUAGCUUCUUUACCAGGCUCAUUAGUAAGCUUAAGCCUUUCAAAUUGCAAUCUGUCAAAUGAUGAUCUUAUGAAAAGUCUUGGUAGCUUAUCUGUGUUGCAAGAUUUGAAUCUUAGUGAGAAUCCAAUUUCUAGCCUACCGGAGAGCAUCAAAGGUCUUAAUGUGCUCCAAUCACUUAGGUUAUCUCGUUGCACUAGACUCCAAUCACUGCCAGAACUUCCAAUGAGUUUAGAAAUGUUGAAUAUAGAUGGGUGUAGCUCACUGGGAAUGGUAACAAAUCUUCCUAACUUGUUGAGAUCUCUGAUUUUGGACUCAAGUGAUUGCGAAAAACUAGUUGAGGUUCAGGGGAUGUUCAAGUUAGAGCCUAUUGGAAAUGCUGGUGCAGAAGUGAUUAACAAAUUGGGCCUAGUUGAUUUGGAAUCCAUGGGAAGCCUUGAGGUGGAAUUGCUGAACAACAUGACAUCCACAAGAAAGAAGGGUCCACUUCAGGGACUGUAUGAAUGUGGUAUAUAUAGCAUAUUUGUUCCUGGGAAUGAGGUGCCAGGCUGGUGUAGCAAUAAGGGAAAGGGGUCCUCGAUAUCAUUUAAUGUGCCUUUAGUCCUUAAUCUCAAGAUUGUAGCCUUGAACAUAUAUAUUGUCUAUGCAUUUGCCAAUGAUAUAAGCCUUGCAAGCCAUCAAUUUGAUUAUAUUAAAAUCAACAAUAAGACCAAAGGUCUGAAGUGGACCUACAGCCCAAUGUUCAGAGGCAUUCCCGAUGACAACAGUAUGAUAUGGUUUAGCCAUUGGGAAAUUGGGCAUCUUUUGAUGGAAGGUGGCGAUAAAAUGAAUCUCUCUGCGAGUUUUGAUGAGCUUUAUCAGGUAAAGGAAGUUGGAGUCCAGAUUGUGUAUGAUGAGUGUGAAGAGAAAGGUAUUCAACACCACAAUGCCCAUCCUUCUCUUCACAAUGUCAUGAAUGUUGGAGAUUUAUCCGAAUAUCAUGUAAGAACAGGCUCGUACUUUCUAUGCCAUCAUGGUUAUGAUAGCCAUCAGGACUACCACCAAGACGGUUCGUCGUCUAAGACAGACAAGAUUUUAUUUGGGGACUCUGAAGAAACAACAGGGUUUACAGAUGAAGAAUGAAGAAAAGAAGAUAGAAAGGAAGGAUAAUAGCAAAAGGGUGACUUGCUGCUGGCAAUGGCUGGGACGAGAACAUUAAUAUUAAUGACUAAAGAAGCUUUAUCUGAGCAUGAGCAGGCCAUGGAAGGACUGCCCGGUUCUGAAAUCAAUGGUCAGUCCCAGGCAGUGAAGGCAUCAACCAUUGGUCAACUCUUGCUGAAGGAACUAGCAAAAUCAAUUUUGAUGGGACUUUCGGCCAUUCUAAGAAUGCUGUUGCAUUUGGAAAAGAAGGGAGAAUUAUCCUUCUGCCAAACUGGGUGCCCUGAAGGAGCUGAUGCAGGUUUGUGCUUCAGAUUUGCCGUCUUUGGAUUUGUUCUACGAUCAUUCAUGGAGUCAGUGUAACCUGCUCAAUUGACACCAUAUUUUGCCGUAAAUUUUGAGAGUCCAACCAAAAUAAGAGUUGACAUGUAUGAAAUUACAAGUGGUAAAUCAAUAACAAAUAAUAUAUAGUAUUCUUUUCACAUGAUUUGAGUCCCAAUAAUUCCUUUUUAGUUUCCAUUGUCCUUAUUUUUUUUUUCUUCUGUAUACAAUUCAGCCAAAUCUGCACCGAAUCCUACUAUUUUCUAUCUUGUAUUGGUAAAUUUAGAAACAUUUUUGCGGUUUGUUCAGGCAGUCUAAGGCAGCCAAAUUC